GCAACAUCUCUCCACUGUAGAUAGAGAGAGAGAGAGAGCGAGACUCGAAGAUGGUGGUGUUGAGGUUACCUACAAUUUCUCCUUCUCAAUAUUGCUUUAAUUUGUUGUUUACUCUUUGCCUCUUCCUCUUUGUGGGAAGGGCCACUGCUCAAGCCAAGACAGAUCCUUCUGAAGUGCAAGCUUUGAAUACAAUACUCGGGAGAUGGGGGAAGGUGGCGUCGGCGGCUUGGAACAUCAGCGGCGAGCCGUGCAGUGGCGCCGCCAUCGACUCGACCAGCUUCGACGAUCCGAACUUCAACCCGGCCAUCAAGUGUGACUGCUCCUACAACAACAAGACUACUUGCCACAUCACCCAGCUGAAAGUAUAUGCAUUAGAUGUGGUUGGACCCAUCCCAGAGGAGCUUCAGAAUCUCACUUAUCUAUUUAACCUGAACUUGGCACAAAACUACUUGACGGGGCCUUUACCAGCAUUCAUUGGAAACUUUUCUGCAAUGCAGUACCUGUCUGUAGGAAUUAAUGCUUUAUCUGGGCCUGUCCCAAAGGAGCUCGGAAAGCUUCGGAAUCUCUUAUCACUGAGUAUUAGUUCAAAUAAUUUUAACGGCUCUAUUCCUCCAGAGCUUGGGAAUUUAACCAGUCUGCAGCAACUGUACAUUGAUAGUUCAGGCCUCAGUGGUGAACUUCCAUCGACAUUGUCUAAUCUGGAAAACUUGCAGAAGCUGUGGGGUUCAGACAACAAUUUCACCGGACAAAUUCCUGAUUUUAUUGGGAGCUGGACAAAUAUGCUUGUCUUGAGAUUCCAAGGCAAUUCUUUCGAAGGUCCAAUUCCUUCAAGCCUAUCCAAUCUUGGUAACUUGACGGACUUACGUAUAGGUGAUAUAACGAGUGGAAGAUCUUCUUUGGACUUCGUCCGUAACAUGACAUCUUUGAGCAACCUGGUAUUGAGAAACUGCAAAAUAUCUGAUACUAUUCCAUCAAGCUUUGGGCAAUUCUUAAACCUACAGCAAUUGGAUCUGAGCUUUAACAAUAUUACGGGUCAACUUCCUCCGUCCCUCUUCAGUUUGAAUUUGCUCAGCUACUUAUUUCUUGGAAACAAUAGUCUUUCUGGUAGCUUACCAGCUCAGAAAAGCACCUCGCUUCUCAAUGUAGAUUUAUCGUACAAUCAGCUCUCAGGAAGCUUUCCUUCUUGGGUUAGUCAACCGAAUCUAAAAUUGAACGUGGUGGCAAAUAACUUUGUGAUAGACAGCUCCAACAACAGCAUUUUACCAUCAGGUUUAAACUGUCUUCAGCGAAAUAUACCAUGUUAUCUCGGUUCUCCUAUCUAUUCAUCCUUUGGAAUAAAUUGUGGUGGUAGUAAAGACAUUACAGCUUCUGAUGGAACUCUCUAUGAGAUUGAUGAUGCUGCUCUGUCAGCUGCAUCAUACUAUGUGACAGGGUCAACCAAAUGGGGUGUUAGCAAUGUUGGGAGAUUCGCGGACGCCUCGAACGCCAGCUAUAUAAUAGCCAGUUUAUCGCAGUUUCAAAAUACAUUAACUUCAGAACUGUUUCAGACUGCAAGGAUGUCUCCUUCAUCAUUAAGAUACUAUGGUAUUGGGCUUCAGAAUGGAAAUUACACUGUAAAGCUCCAAUUCGCUGAAAUUGCAUUCCCCAACCCACCAACUUGGAAAAGUGUCGGAAGAAGAGUUUUUGAUGUAUACAUUCAGGGAGAUCUCAAAGCAAAAGAUUUGGAUGUAAGAAAGGAGGCUGGUGGGACAUCAUUUAAGGCUGUUGUCAAAACAUUUGUCGCUCCAGUAACCAAUAAUUUCCUCGAAAUUCAUUUCUUUUGGGCGGGAAAAGGCACUUGCUGCAUUCCUACGCAAGGCUACUAUGGCCCAUUCAUCUCAGCUCUCAGUGUUUCUCCUUACGACUUCACUCCAAAUGUGACGAACGAACUACCAAGUACGGGCUCGAAGAGUAAAACAGGUUUGGUUGUAGGACUUGUAGUUGGAAUCGCAGUCUUAGGUUUGUUGGUGAUCGUUGGCGUCUUUGUUUUGUGGCGAAGGAAACGAAGGCCGGGCAUGGAUGAUGAUGAAUUUUUGAGUUUUGUUGGAAAACCUGACAUCUUCAGUUAUGCUGAGUUACGGUCUGCCACAGAAGACUUCAGUCCUGAAAAUAUUCUUGGAGAAGGGGGAUUUGGGGCUGUUUAUAAGGGUAAACUAUCUGAUGGAAGAAUAGUAGGUGUAAAGCAACUAUCAGUAACAUCUCAUCAAGGAAAGCACCAAUUCGUGACUGAAAUUGCGACUAUAUCCCAAGUCCAACAUCGAAACCUUGUGAAGUUAUAUGGUUGCUGCAUCGAGGGAAAUAAGCCGCUAUUGGUUUAUGAGUACCUUGAAAACAGAAGCCUUGAUCAGGCAAUCUUUGAACAACAUUUUUUUAAAUCUGCAGGGAAAAAUAGUUUGCAUCUUGAUUGGACGAAACGCUUUGAAAUAUGUUUGGGUGUCGCAAGAGGUCUAGCCUAUCUACACGAGGAGUCCAGCGUUAGAAUUGUACAUCGAGACGUCAAAGCCAGCAACAUCCUACUUGACGCAGAUCUUAACCCAAAAAUCUCAGACUUUGGGCUCGCUAAGCUUUAUGAUGAUAAAAUGACUCACAUUAGCACAAGAAUUGCUGGAACAAUUGGUUAUCUCGCACCAGAGUAUGCCAUGAGAGGCCAUCUGACUGAAAAAGCCGACGUGUUUUCAUUCGGUGUCGUGGCCCUGGAAGUUGUUUCCGGACGGUCAAAUUCAGAUCCGAGCCUCGAGGAGGAGAAGGUUUAUCUUCUUGACUGGGCAUGGCAUUUAUAUGAGAACAAGUGCGCGUUGGAAAUGGUGGACCCGAGACUAACAUCAUUUAAGGAGGAAGAGGCGGCUCGUGUUAUCGGAGUUGCCCUUCUAUGCACACAGGCGUCGCCUCUGCAACGGCCACCGAUGUCGAGGGUUGUUGCCAUGCUGGCAGGGGAUGUCGAGGUGAGCAAGGUGACUACGAAGCCGGGCUACUUAACCGAGUAUCAGUUCAAGGAUGCAAGCAGCAGCUACUUCUCCGAGAGCUCCUCUGGACCGUCAGCGCAGCAACUGUCAAGCAACCAAGUUAGUGUGCUGUCAGGCUCGAGCACGGGAGCUCAUACAACGGUCGAAACGCCAUUGCCUUCGCAAUCGCUGAUGGGCUCAAUUAUCAGUGAGGGAAGGUGAAACUACACAAGAUUUUUGAGUAUUUUUGCGGACAAUGUGACUUGCUAUUUGAUCAUUUGUACCUGGAGAUACAUUUUUCGAUCCUGUAAAUUUUGUUUUUCGAAUUCUUGUGAGUUCUUUCCGUCUAUAAAAUAUGUAUAUUUGUUCCUUGGAUUUGUUGUGAAGAUACUUGCAAUUGAGCAUAAGGAAAAUUCAUAUUCCACAUUGAACGGUAA